GGUUGGCUGAUCUAAGUAAAGUCGAGUGGCGAUAGCCGAUAGGGAGAGAAAGAGUGAGAGAGAAAAGAUUUGCUACAGAGUACAGUGUGUCAUUCGGACAAAAACUUGCUGUAUAUUCAGGUAUUUGAUGCUGUGCUGUUCGCAACGACGCAUAAUUAUUGUCUUGUUCAUUGCGAGCGGCGUUCUUGCGAUGCUGAUUUCUGCAGUCUAGUUGGCAGCAGGACAUCUGUGCAUUUUGUAGCGUUUGGUCUAGGAAUGUAACGGUGCUGCUCCACCAUGCCCGCGGACGACGAAGCUGCGAGGCUGGCAAUAUUCGAGAAGUAUGAAGCGGGUCGAGAAGGAGGUGUUGAAGUAGAAGACUGGGAAGAUCCAAACUUGGAGUUGUAUGCUGUCACUGACCGCUAUGGCUUUAUGCACAAGGAGGUUCUUCCACCAACCCAUCCCAGUCAAAAAGACCUUGAUGUUAUGAGGCAAAGGGCAUUGAAGUGGAAGAAGAUGUUGGAUAAGUGGGAUACGGUGGUGCAAACCUCCGUCAUGCACCGCCGUGUGCUGAAGGGCGUUCCCGACAGCGUUCGCUUGGAGGUCUGGUCUCGCUUUCUUGACCUGAAGAGCAUUCGUAAACCAGGCCAAUACGAGGCUGCUUACUAUGCCGCAAGAGAACGCGGCAAACUGAAGGAUAUCGACCAGAUCAACAAGGACAUUGCCCGGCGGUUUCGUGAGCACGUGCUUUUCCGGGAGAGAUACGGACAGGGGCAGCAGAUAUUGUUUAGGAUUCUCUCAGCCUACACCAUGUACAAUGAGGAGGUUGGCUACUGUCAGGGAAUGGAUGCUAUUGCUGGUCUCAUGAUGAUGUAUAUGAAUGAAGAGGAUGCGUACUGGGCUAUGUGCAGGCUAAUGAGCAGUGAGCACUAUGCAAUGCACGGUCUGUACACAAGUGAUUUGAGGAAGCUGCAUGAGAUGUGCACUCACCACGGGACCAUUCGACGGAAAGUUCUGCCCAAAGUCCACAAACACUUGGAGCAAGUAGGCUUUGAGCCAACUCUCUACGGUACAAAGUGGUUCAUGGAAGGCUUCCAGGAGAGGCUUCCGUUCCCUCUGGUUCUGCGCGUCUGGGAUGUCUACUUGUACGUUGGGGAGCGAGUGAUGCAUGCAAUGGCUGCUCUGCUCAUCAAAAUGUUCAAAAAGCAAAUGGCCAAGCAGUCCUUUGAACAGCUGCACAUAUUCAUGAAGGAGCUACCCGACCACAAGUUUGACAACGACGAAGUCAUGGAGCAGCUGGACUUGAUGCUGCAAGAUUUGAGAAAGCACAAGCUGGCCUCCUUCCCGCGCGCAACCUCCCUGACGUUUCUACCUUCCACUGAUCCUCCAGCGUACCCCGUGCCGCCGGAGGAGUAUCGCGAUCUCACCCUACGCAGGGAGCACAGACGUACUGUAAAGUCACUGCCCCCCGGUGUGGGCCUGGAGCGCCAGAGCGUGGCCUCGAGCGUGGCCUCGGGCAGCUCUCAGUCCGAGGGGCCCACAUCACCGGGGGCAGACUCUAUUGUAAGCGCUCCUGGCAUGCUGCCGGGUCGCAACUCAGCACCUGCAGAUCACUUCGCCAGUGCAGCUGCCACCGCCUAUACUUCACCCGGUGUGUCCAUGGUGUCGAAUGGAUCUUCGCUGCCGCCAAUGUCACCUGACGAAUCCGAUGACGUGCCAUUCCAUAACGAAGCGCUCCAAGCAGCAGCGGAAUCAUUGGCGGAGGUCAAUGUCCUGCAGGCAACUUCUGAGCCAAUUGCUGGGUCCAUUCCAUCAGACAUGUCACGGCCUAGUGACCUACCCUCCAGUGACAAUGCAGAAGCAGCAGCAGCCGAGGCGGCACAGGAGGAAGAAGACGAGACAACUAGCCAACGGGAUGCCGCUACACCGACUGCUCAGGUCCCCAAUGGUGGACUGGUGCAUGAGAAAGCUCAGCUGGAGGCGUCCAACUCUGACUCGAGUCUCAGAAUACGCGUGUCGGCUAUUUGAAGAGGGACGGUUUUCCCAGUUGUCAUGUACAUAACCUAGGGCAGUUUUAAGAUUAUAAUAAUUAUUAUUGUUGUAUUCUCGUCGCAAGUCACUGUAUAGUUUGGCACUGUACAUGUGCUGUGCUGUGCUGGCUUCACUGAGUGUCCUGGGAUGUUUGCGUCCGGUUUCCCCGUCGUCUCCAUUACUUGUAUGAUUCACCAGUAUGAUGCUAUUGCUAUGGUCAACCCUUCACGCCGGGCACGUCUCGUUGCGCAGAUUGGACGUGUUCUGCCGUUUGGCUAGGGGUGUUAUAGAGGACUCUUGUUGGCUUGACUCAGCAGUUUUUUAAAAUAUCCGUGCUCCUGCAUGGGUUCGAGGCUAUGCCCUGAGAGUGUUCCUUCUCUUCUUCAGGGCGCUCUUGGCCACGUUGGAAGAAUAUACUGACUCUCCCCUUCAAUUCUUCUCCUGCGGUUUACUAUGUUCUUUCUUGUCGGUGCAACUCCACCCUGCACUCUCCAGUGCGUGUGUGCUGACCUUCCAUCACUGAGCGUGGCACUGUCAAUGACUCGUUGUCCACGGCUGCGUGAUCCUGUUUGCAUUCUGCUUGCUGAACUGGCUAAUGAUGUGCGCACACUCUCAGAUGUUGCCAUCAUUUGUAAUCGUAAAUUUUGACGCGGGCAUUUAGCGGCCUUGUUUGCCGAUCUGUUCUGACUGGCAUGCUCUCUAUUUGGCCAAUUCCAGCUAGUCACAUGAUCGCGUUGCAGUGUAUCUAUUUGUACCCAUUUAGGAUUUACAACGCCUCCCUCAUUGAGAAAUCUUUUAAUUGAACAAUUCAGUGCCCUGUUUACCUCUGUGCUUUUUCCCCGGGGUUCUCUGGCCUCUCCAACCGAUUCAUAAUUUCAAACCGAGCAAACUAUUUUCUUUUGUUUGUGGGAUUUUCUCUCCUAGCGCGUUUAGUGUCUAUACUCUUAAAUAAUAUCUAUUUCUAUUUUUUCAAGAGCUUGGCAUGUGGGACUCAUGGUUACGGCAUGGUACCUUAGAAUGGUUUUGUGCGCUGCAGCUGUCGCCGGCCAACUUCCAGGUUUUCUUGAUAUCCUUAUCGGAAUGGUUCUGGUUCUCUGC